AAUAAUAUUGAAAAGUUAAAACUCAUUAUAAAACGAUUUUCGCUAAUUUUCCGAUUAAGUAAUGAGCUGAGUCGUGGAGGACCAACGUACACGUAGCACGAAAUUUCACAAGGAUAUCCCACCAUGCUAAAAGUCUAUAUACUAAAUUCCCAAGUCUUCCAUGUAAAAAUUUCCAAGUCAAGUCAACUAACGUGUUUAGCAGAUAAAGACCAUCUCCAUAGCCAUAUAUUAUAGCGUAUAGACUAAAUGAAGAGAAUCACAGACCUUGUUGGUGACUCCACCGGCCAUGGCUGCUUUCUCUUUUAUUCUUCUCUUUGCUCUGUUUCUCCCUGUUUUUACUUUUAUCAAGGCUUGUCCAACAGAGGUUCAAUGUGGAAGACUGGGUCCGAUCAAAUACCCUUUCACUAUAGAGGGACAUGAGGACUGCGGUCUCCUUGUGGUGAAUGAUUGCAGCAAGGAAAUGCAGAUGAUCCAGUUUGAGAAUGAGAGGGGAUAUCCAAUUCGGUAUCAAGUCGAAAGCUUCUCCCCAGUAGGCUCUUUAUCUACUAAGCUUUCGGUUAUUGACAUGGAUCUCCAGCAUAGCCUGAAUGAUAAGAGAUGUGAAUCCUUCAACAAUCUGAGUCUUCCCGGUCUCCCAUACGUUACUUUUAAAAUGAAUUCCAGUCUAAAAACCAUGUACAAAUGCGACUACUCUGUAGAGUCUGGAGAUCCUGAUAAUUUUAGGUUUCAUAGUUGCGGUGGCUUCAAAUUCUAUUACGCUGUCAAGGAUAAUGCAAGUAUUCCAAGUCCUCUGCUUGAUUGUUCAACUCUGCAGCUUCCACUCAACAUAACCAAUGUUGAUCACGACAUUUUCCGAAUUUUAACUUCUACCUUCUCUCUUCUUGUUAGCUUACAGGAUCCAAUGCAAGGACACAAAGGGCAAGGACACAAAGGAUCCGGAAGCAGAGCAUGGAAAACAGUAGCUCUCUCGGUUUCCGGAAUUGUGCUUCUAAUUAUAUUUUGUUGCUUUAUUAUAAAGUUUUCGCCCAAUUGCUCCAUUUUCUAUUGGAAGAAGAACACACAAGACCAUCAAAAUAUUGAGGCUUUUCUUAAGAACCAUGGAGUGCUGGCACCAAAAAGAUACAAAUAUUCUGAAGUUAAGAAAAUGACAGGGUCCUUCAAUGAUAAACUAGGCCAAGGAGGUUAUGGAAGUGUUUACAAAGGGAAGUUACCUGAUGGCCGCCUGGUGGCAGUGAAGGUAUUGAAGGAAUCCAAGAGAAAUGGAGAAGAAUUUAUAAACGAGGUUGCAAGCAUUAGUAGGACUUCCCACGUCAAUAUUGUCACUCUUUUAGGAUUUUGCUUUGAGGAUUCCAAACGAGCUCUAAUCUAUGAGUUCAUGUCUAAAGGAUCUCUUGAAAAGUACAUAUACGAAGAAAAUCCCUUGAAAGCUGAUCGUCAAUUGGGUUGGGAGACAUUACACCAUAUUGCAAUUGGCAUUGCUCGAGGAUUAGAGUACUUGCACCGAGGUUGUAACACAAGGAUUCUACAUUUUGACAUAAAGCCUCACAACAUUCUUCUAGACGAAACUUUCUGUCCUAAAAUUUCUGAUUUUGGACUAGCUAAAAUAUGCCCCAGAAAAGAGAGUAUCAUAUCGAUGAUGGGAGCUAGAGGGACAGCUGGGUAUAUUGCACCUGAAGUAUUCUGUAGAAAUUUUGGAGGGGUAUCUCACAAGUCUGAUGUUUAUAGCUAUGGGAUGCUAGUGUUAGAAAUGGUUGGAGGAAGAAAGAAUAUCUGUGUUUCAGUUGAUAAUACUAGUGAGAUAUAUUUUCCUCAUUGGAUAUUCAAGCGUCUGGAGCUAGGAGAAGAGCUUGGAGUUGAUGGAACUGCUAACGCAGAGGACAACCAACUAGUAAGAAAAAUGGUGGUGGUAAGCUUAUGGUGCAUACAAACUGAUCCCUCAAAUAGGCCGCCGAUGAGCAGAGUGGUAGAAAUGCUGCAAGGGACACUGGACUCGCUGCCAAUCCCACCAAAACCAUAUUUGUUCUCCCCUCCAAGGUCAGUUGCAAGUUCAUCGCCCUCACCACAUUAUGAUUCUUAGGACUAUUAUGAAAUUUCGAUUUUUCCACUGGCAACUGUUUGUCUCCAUAACUGGUUGCAUUCUCAUCUAAGAUUGCUGACAAGUUGAGUUGGCAGUUUGUUCAUAUUAUUAGUGUGUUAUCGUUUCUAGAUCUGUCUUAAACAUGAAAAUAAUACAAUAAUUGGUUAAUGGCUCUUCCAAUUUUAUAAAA